AGAAGACAUAUUGAUUAUUUGGUAGUUAAUAAGGGGGAGGCUAUAAAUCAUGAGUAGAGGAGUGAUUCAAGAUAGUGAAUAAUGUACAGCAUGCCUCAGAACAUUGCUUUAUCUUACUGUGUUUUUUUUUUUUUUAUCGUAAUUGCUCCAUGUUUUUGUCUUACAACUAGACUGAAGGUACCUUCAUCAGCACCAUGUCUGUCUUCAACAGUUCUUCUCUGUAUCCUCACUUCCUUCUGACUGGCUUCUCUGGCUUUGAAAACAGAUAUGGCUUGAUUUCUCUUCCUAUCUUCUUGAUUUAUGCCACCUCAGUUGCAGGGAACUUUACCAUCCUCUUUAUCAUCAAAACUGAGCCUUCCCUCCACCAACCAAUGUACUAUUUUCUGUCCAUGCUGGCCCUUACAGACCUUGGUCUGUCUACUACAACAUUUCCUACAAUGUUCAGUGUCUUUUGGUUCCAUGCCCGUGAGAUCUCUUUCAAUGCUUGUCUGGUCCAAAUGUACUUCAUUCAUGUUUUCUCCAUUAUUGAGUCAGCUGUGCUGUUGGCCAUGGCCUUGGAUCGUUUUGUGGCAAUCAGAGAGCCCCUGCGCUAUGCAGCCAUUCUAACCAAUGGCGUAAUAGUUGGACUUGGUUUGGCUAUUGCUGGACGAGCCUUAACUCUGGUCUUCCCAGCUUCUUUCUUACUAAAGAGACUCCAAUACCGUCCUAUCAAUAUUCUGUCCUACCCCUUCUGCCUACACCAGGACCUCAUAAAGACAACUGUAUCCAGCCGCCGGGUCAGCAGCAUCUAUGGCCUCAUCGUGGUCAUAUUCUCCAUGGGGCUUGAUUCAGUGCUUCUUCUCCUCUCUUAUAUCCUCAUUCUUGUCACAGUGUUGAGUAUAGCUUCCAAGACAGAAAGGGUGAAAGCACUCAAUACUUGCAUUUCUCAUAUCUGUGCUGUACUCACCUUCUACACCCCAAUGAUUGGGCUAUCAAUGAUCCGCCGCUAUGGACAAAAUGCUUCCCCAAUGGUCCAUGUGCUCAUGGCCAAUGUCUACUUGCUGGUCCCACCCUUAAUGAACCCUAUUGUUUACAGUGUCAAGACCAAGCAGAUCCGAGACAGAAUUCUCAAGAAAUUCAAGCAACACAAACUGUAG